UCACAAAUCCCCGACUUGUCUACUUGCCUCUCCGCAAACAUCAAGAUGGGAACUGUGAAGGUGUUGAUCAUUGAUCACUACGACUCUUACACCAACAACAUCCUCCAACUGCUCCAAGGCUCUCAGCCUGACCAAGAUGGCGGCCUCUAUCCCGAGUGGAGCGUCGCCAUCAUUCGUUUCGACCAGUUUGAUUGGGAUACCUUCAAGACUGAGAUGCUGCCAUUCCUAGACGCCAUUAUUCUUUCUCCGGGCCCAGGAACACCAGAGAGAGAGUCUGACUUUGGAUUCAACUCCAAGCUCAUCAAGGAGGUCGACAUUCCCAUCUUGGGCGUCUGCCUCGGCCACCAGGGGAUCGGCACGUCGCUCGGAGCCACCAUCAUCAACACACCAAACAUUAAGCAUGGCCAGACAGCCGAGAUUCACCACAAGGCGAUCGGGGUGCUUCGAGACUUACCUCAACGCUUCUGGGGUGUGAGGUACAACAGCCUGGUGCUUGACAUCGAAUCACUCCCAUCUGAUCUCGAGGCAACGGCCUGGACCUAUGACCCUGAAGAUCCAUCUCGGAAGGUCUUGAUGGGUCUGCAGCACCGACGACGGCCCAUAUUUGGGACGCAAUGGCACCCAGAGAGUGUUUGCUCCGAGCAUGGCGCCAAGAUACUCUCCAACUUCCGCGAUAUUGUGCUGAACUACUGGGCCACAAGCCGGCCGGCAAACCAAUGGACCAGCCGAAGUAUUCGACCAAAUGCCACAUUGCCCAGCCAGAUCCUCAAGGCAGAUGUGCUUCUCGAUGAAGCACAUUAUGGCUCUGAGCCAACCACUCUUCGCGGGGUGGGCACGAGCGGACAGGACACGCCGUAUUAUGUCGCGACGGCAUCUCUGGGCAAGGGACCGAAGCCUGAGCUUGUCUUUCACACUCUCAUCAGAGGAUCUUCAGCUGAUGGAGAGGCGUGGUUGGACAGUGCCAAAGUCCGCGACUCUCACUCACGCAACUCCUACCUCGCCUCUGCCGCCUUCAGCCUCAGCUACUCUCAGGAGCCGGGAACCGUUUCAGUCCACCAGGACGGUAAAAUAAUCAAGUCCGAGAAGCCUGAAGGCUCAUAUUGGCAUUGGUUGGACCGUUUCCAGCACGAAGUGUUGCUGAAAAACACACAAGCCAUCCUUCCCGAGUCUCUGAACCAGGAGACCGAAGUUGGCCAGCCCUUGCUCCAAGUCGGACUUAUUGGAUACUUUGGUUACGAGCUCAAGUGGGAGUCGCUCGCGGGACAUCGAGGCCCAGACGCAGACGUCGAGAAGCACGACCGGCCAGACAGUCAGUUGAUCUUCGCUGACCGAGUGCUCCGCCUGGAUAACUACACCGGGGAGUGGACUUUGUUCGGUUUGAUCCGCCGCGGCGAGCAAGACCCCAUUGGCGAAGCCAUCGGAGCCACUACGUCUGUCGGGAUUGAUGAGGACGAGUUUGCAUCCCUCGUGUCCCGCUUCCGGGAUGCCUUUGCCGGUCUCCCAUCUCCGCCCUAUGUCCAGCCCCAUCCUCUGCCGGAAUUCUUCGCGCUGGACAAUGAGGAGUCUUACACCCGCUCCAUAGAAAAAGCCAAGAAGGCCAUCAGCGAGGGUGAGACAUACGAGCUCACUCUCACCACAAAGUUCCUUGCCAAGAGCCCUGAUGCAGACCCUUUUGCCCUGUACCUCGAUUUACGCGGCAGGAACCCGGCGCCUUACUCGGCGUUCCUCCAUUUCCCGGCGCACGACACGACGAUUUUGUCUUCCUCCCCCGAGAGAUUCAUCUCGAUUGACCGAAAUGGCGUGGCAGAGAUGAAACCCAUCAAGGGGACGUUGGCUGUGAGCCCUGAUCCGGAAGAGGACCUUCGAAGACAGAACAAGUUGGCGACAGACGUCAAAGAGCUAGCAGAAAACCUCAUGAUUGUCGACCUGAUUCGAUCUGACCUCCACAAUGUCUCCCCUUCCAGCAGCAUCAAGGUCCCCAAGCUGCUUCACGUGGAGACAUAUCAAACGGUGCAUCAGCUUGUCACUACAAUUCAAUCCCAAGUGGCUCCGACAGUCGGCGGGGUCAAGGUUCUGGAGCGAUGUUUUCCCCCAGGUUCCAUGACUGGAGCACCCAAGCUUCGCUCGGUCCAGAUCCUCGAGCAACUGGAGCAGCAGCGCCGGCGCGGAGUAUACUCGGGCAGUCUGGGAUACGUAUGCGUCAGCGGCACUGUGGACCAGUCCGUCGUCAUCCGAACAAUUGUCAAGACGGGGGACGAGCUCGAACUCGGGGCGGGCGGUGCCAUCACGUGGCUCAGUGAGUCUGAAAAAGAAUGGGAAGAAGUUAUGGUCAAGGCCAAUGCGGUUGCGCGAGCCAGGCCUAGGGCAUCUGAUGGGGAAGUCGUCGAGAGGAGCAAUGAGCUCGAGGGUGUCCGGCUCGCGUUGGAUCAUAAGCAGGGACUCUACACUGCCGUUAGCGCUUAGAAGGUUCGUCCUAGAACGUGACCGCCAUAUCAUCGUGAUCUUUUAAUCAUGCAAAACUUCCCCCUAGCU